AUGGACAAAAUUAAGGAGCGGAUGAACACCCUCCGUCUGGAGGCCGAUGACGCCCAGGCCAAGGUGGAGGAGUUGAAGACUAAGGUGAAGACGUUGGAGCAGGAGAACUUGGCCAAGGAACAGGAAAUCACAUCUCUCAACCACCGAAACCAGCUCCUGGAGGGUGAGGUGGAGAAACUCGAACUCACCCUCAAGGAGGCCAAGGACGCUGCCAACCAGAGUGCGCAGCACGACACCCAGAACGAAGCCCUCCAGAGACGCCUGCAGCUCCUGGAAGAGGAAGCUGAGGAGGCCGACCGGAAUCUGCGCGAGACCAAUGAGAAACUCCGUCAAACCGACGUCAAGGCCGGCCACUACGAGCGUAAAGUGCAGGCUCUUGAAGCUACCCGUGACCAGUGGGAGACCAAGUAUGAGGAGAUGGCGAAGAAGCACGCUGAAUUACAGAAGGAUCUUCACGACCUCGAGGUUUCUAUAAGCAAUGUUUAG